AUGUCAACUCCGAAGAUCUUGGGUCUUGGAAUGGACAUCGAGGGCGAAUGGGUCCCAUCUGCGGUUGUGGUCUCAAUGCUGCUGCUGGCAUCUGUGCACCUAUGCUUGACGAAGUCCGAUAUGCACCUCGGGCUGGCAGCACUUCGUGAGCUCUCGCACAAGGUCCCGAGCCAGCACGAGCUGGAUCGACAGGAGCGAUUUGAGGCGGAGCUGCUGAAAGUUCGGAUAGACAUCUUUGAAAGGCUUCGACGUGUUGGGAUUCACGUGGUCUUUGCAGUUAACCUUGUCAUGAUGCAGCAGCUGCUGGUGAAUCCCAGCCUGUCUUCAGCCAUGGCACUUCUGGCCCCCCUGGUGGAAUAUGGCCUGCACACUGUCCUGCAAGCAGGUUUCGUAAAGAUCCAAGCGUUGAGCCACUUUCGCAUCAUGCAAAGUCUUUUGGUCGGUUCCUACGCUGUCUGGACCUACGGUGUUGUGUCGAAGGAGACGGACCUUCACGCCAUUACUGCCAUGGAAAAGCUUGCAGCUGCCGGACUUGUGGUUCAAUCUGUGGCUUUCAUUGAUUGGAAGGUACCGAUCCCCACCUAUAUCUUGGGAGCCACAGCGGUCACUUUGAAACAAUGGCAGAUAGGCGGCCCUGUUACUCCCAUGAUGGUCUUAUCAAGUGUGCUCUCGCAUGUUCUGUUAGCCGGGAUGAUGUUCUGCUUGGUGUAUGUCAUACAAUGCCACAUUGCUGCAAGAUUGGAAUCUGAUGAUGCGUCCUCUCUCCUUCUGGCAUCGCGUGCUGUUUUGAGGGGGGUCUGUGACGGCGACCUGGUUUUGGACCGUUGCAGUCACUGCAUUGUGAAGGAUUCCACCACGUUGGAACGGCUCUUGAACAUCAAGAGGAAGUUGAGUGGGAGCAGUUUUUUGGAUCUCUUUCUGGAUGCAGGUGGUCGGCAACAAUUUUUGCAGUUUCUGCAGAGUGAAGCCGCCCUCAAACAAAACAAAGCAGACAUCCCGCCUUGCUUGCGGAUCAUCUUGCAGGGUGCUCAUGGCCUGGUGUCCACCGAUGUCUUUUGCACAAGCUGUGCUGUAGCAGGACAUGACUACUACCUCCUGGCCUUUCGUGCUGAUCCGGAUCAGUUUGGUAUCCCCCCUGACGCCCAUGGUCCACAUGGCCCAUGGCACUUCGAUCAGCAACGGCAAGUGCAGCCAAGGCAGCCUUCAGAGAGCACAGACGAAGUGGUAAAGGCCAUCAGGCAGCUCGUGCAGCUUCGUUUUCUCGUGGACAUCGACACGCCGCGGCUGGACAUCGAGGAAGCCACCCUGUCUUUCUCGCGCUCGCAGGGCUCGCACCACAGAGAUGGCAUGCCGACACUGCGCAGCUUCGUUUGCGUCAACGAUUGGCAGCGAGUGAAGGAUCUCUUUCGCAGUGCCAAGGAGAGCCUCGCGGCCGAACACGGCGAACACACCGAAAAAGUCUGGCGCUUCCCUUCAAGCCUGUUGUUUCGGAUCCCUGGCCGCCCCGGCAAUUACCUCCGUGCCAGAAGUGCUGUGGUCUCAGUUGGGGAUGGAGAUGAAGAGACGGAAGGUCCACCGGAGUUUGUUGAGUUCCACUUGGGUUCCUUUGACCUCAAACAUCUUCGCAAGCCACGAGAGCAUGACCUCGAGAGCAUCGGUGAAGAUGAGGAAUAGCAGAGGGCGGGUCACCCCAUAGUUUUUGAAAAAGGUCUUUGCUAGUGUAUUCCAGCUAAAGUCUCAGCAUGUCUCACAUCUGCCAAAAGACAGCCUCGCUUGAGAUUGUGAUUGA